AGUCGAAACUUUUUCGUUUUCGCGUUCGUCGAAGGCGUGUCUCUUUCCACACGGUCCCUGGGCGGAUGGGCGCUCCCCGUGCGCGCUGGUGCUGAUGCAGACAGACAGAAGCAUCCUGCCGGACGUAAACCACAGGACGCGUUUGAAAGUGAUGCUUUGACGUUGGAAGGGCUUCCUGAGACCCGUGCCACUGCCAUGGCGGUGCGCUUUGACCUGUGGGGUACGGCUCAGCCGGUGUUCGAGUCCUGGCCCGCGGGCGGUGGCAGUCAUGUGGAGGAGCUGGAUGUGAGGAGUUUCCUGAGCUCACUGAUGGAGGAGAACAGCACAGUGGAGAGAUGUUAUCGCUCUCACUCCCGCAGCAGCGUCCUGCAGGGCUUGCCUUUCGGAGGAGUCCCCACCGUCCUCGCCAUCAACGUCGUUCUGUGGCUGUUCCUGCUUCUGAUCUUCUCCUGUCUGAGGAAGGCAGCGUGGGACUACGGCCGCCUGGCUCUGCUUAUGGAAAAUGACAGCUUGACGUCGCUAUUCUAUGGAGAGCAAAGUGAGAAAGAGAAAACCCCGUCCGAAUCCAGCCCAUCAGACUCAGAGAGCAAGGACAUGGGCUUCUGUUCCUGGCUCACGUCUCUGUACCACAUGAAGGAUGAAGAGAUCCGCAGUAAAUGUGGCAUCGAUGCGGUCACGUACCUGUCUUUCCAGCGUCACAUCAUCCUGCUCAUGAUGGUGGUGUGUUUGCUGUCACUGACCAUCAUCUUGCCCGUCAACCUCUCCGGGAACCUCCUCGGAGAAAGCCCGCAGAAUUUUGGCCGAACCACAGUGGUUAAUGUCCCCGCACAGAAUAUAUUUCUGUGGCUGCACAGCAUCUUCGCUCUGCUGUAUUUUGUGAUCACAGUACUGUGCAUGGCCCAUCAUUCCUCACGACUGGAAUACAGAGAGGAUGAGAAGGUGGCCAGAACUCUAAUGAUAACUUCGAUUCCCAGAGAAAUCUCAGAUCCCGGCUUGAUCACCAAACACCUGCAUGAAGCCUACCCCAGCUGCACCGUCACUGAUAUCCGCUUCUGCUUUGACGUGCAAAAGCUAAUGAAGCUGGACUCGGAAAGGCGAAAAGCAAUGAAAGGAAGGCUGUACUUCACAACCAAGGCUCAGAAGGAAGGCAGGAUCAUGAUCAAGACUCACCCUUGUGCACAGAUCUUCUGCUGUGAUUUAUGUGGCUUUGAACAGGUGGAUGCAGAGCAGUAUUACAGUGAACUGGAGGAGAAACUUACAGAUGAGUUUAAUGCAGAAAAGAACCGUAUCUCCAUGAAGAGGCUGGGCAUUGCUUUUGUUACCUUCAGAGAUGAGAGAAUGACCGCAGUUAUUGUGAAAGACUACAGCCGAGCUCGCUGCCGCCACAGACCCCAGCAGUCCAGCAUUACCACAGUGGUGCGGUCCCAUCAGUGGGGCGUUUCUUACGCCCCGGCCCCUAAUGACAUCAUCUGGGAAAAUCUGUCAGUGUGUGGUUCUCGCUGGUGGCUCCGCUGCGUCCUGCUGAACAUUCUGCUCUUCCUCUUGCUCUUCUUUCUCACAACCCCUGCUAUCAUCGUAAACACCAUGGACAAGUUCAACGUCACUCGGCCGGUUGAAAGCUUAAGGAACCCAGUAAUUACCCAGUUCUUCCCCACCCUGCUCCUGUGGGCCUUUUCCAUACUCCUUCCGUUCGUUGUGUACUAUUCAUCUUUCUUUGAGUUCCACUGGACCAGGUCCGGUGAGAAUCAGGUCACCAUGCAUAAAUGCUUUUUAUUGCUUGUCUUCAUGGUAAUCGUUCUGCCGUCACUGGGUCUAUCCAGCCUGGAUUUGUUCUUCAGGUGGCUCUUCGACACCCACUUCUUGGAUGAAACAGAUUUAAAGUUUCAAUGUGUGUUUUUGCCUGAUAACGGAGCUUUUUUUGUGAACUAUGUGAUCACGUCCAGUCUGAUCGGAACAGCUAUGGAGCUUCUGCGUAUUCCCGCUCUUCUGGUGUACUCUCUCCGGCUUUGCUUUGCCAAAUCUAAAGCUGAACGCAUCCAUGUUAAAAGAAGUCAGGCUUACGAGUUUCAGUUUGGUCUUGAAUAUGCCUGGACCAUGUGCAUAUUUUCAGUCAGUAUGACCUACAGCAUCACCUGCCCCAUCAUUGUUCCUUUUGGGUUGCUGUACCUUGUGCUGAAGCACAUGGUGGAUCGAUACAAUAUCUACUAUGCCUAUUUACCCACAAAGCUCAGCCAGCGGAUCCAUUCGGCCGCCGUCAGUCAAGUGGUGGUGGCGCCCAUUCUCUGCAUGUUCUGGCUGCUGUUCUUCUCUGUGCUUAGACUGGGUCCAGUGCAGCCCAUCAGUCUGUUCACUUUCAUAACUCUCUUGUGCUGUAUUGCCUUCUCCUGCUUUGGCUUCUGUCUGAAAAAACUACGACCUGACAGAUCAACAAACUAUCAGAUGUCCGAUCAGACGACAGAAGGAGGCUUCACCGAUGCGGAAAGAAGCACCGUUUCCACCACAACCACAGCUAAUCUUUUUAUAGCCUCCGUCUUGCUGGAGCCAGAGCUGGGCCUGACUCCCAUGCCCUCUCCGGCCCACCAGAGCUACGGCACCAUGGGGAACAGCCAGAGUUCAGUGCGUGACGCAGAAGGGGAGGAGGAGAAGGAUCUGGAGGAAACUUUGGAGACUGAACUCAAGGAAGAGCCAGAUCCCAGCUGCCCGAGCCCUCUCAUGGACAGUCCUGUGCAUUUCCAGUGACCAUCCUGCCCCCCGUUCCCACUCUAACGCUCAAGCCCCAUGCCUCAUUUUAGCUAGUGGCUGAUAAAGAGGCACUAUGCUGCAAAAUGUUUCCUCUACAACCUCCAUUUACAAGUAACGGACAACAAAUUGUGGCCAUCCAUGCAAACUGCUUCAAAAAGCUUGUUGGGAAUUCACUGGCAUGGCGGUUUUUAGUUCUGAGAACUUUGAUGAGCUCUCAUAGUGUCUGAAGUGGAUAAAAGCAGAGAUCUGUCAAAGAACGAGACCGGCCACUUCUCUUGCUCGGACUGCUCUUUCUACUUUCUUCUGUAUUUUUCUUUUCUCUCUAAUGACGUUAAUGGGUGUCUGGUGGUUUGGUUGACUGGGGCUUGGAACAUUGUAUUUCGACAGAUUUUUCGAUGUACUUUUUUAUGCAUAGUCACAUUGUAUAGCUCCAAAGAGUUGAGACAUCCAAAUCUUUUAUCCUUAUUAUUAAUCCUUUUGCUGUUGUUGCAGUUUGUGCUUAUUAUUGUUAUUUUUAUUCAGUACUUGUAUUUUAGCAAUGGUACGUAAUUGUGCAACAUUAUGCCGAGAGCGCAUUGUUUUCAUGUGUUUACUAUUAUUAGAUUAUUAUUACUGUUAUUAACAUCCUCAACCUUUAUUGCAGUGUGCGCCGGAGUCAAUCGCUCCCAGUUAUUGUUUGUUUUGCAGUGACAAUAGCAGUUGUGUUGUGCAUACUGCAGUCAAUUGGCACUACAGUAGAUUUCAAAGUCAAUGAGGCACUUAUUCCAUAAUUUGUUUGUUUUUUUUUCUUUCCUCUGAAGUUCAAUUAGUUGUUUGGUCUGUGGGAGAGAUGGGAGGACAUUCGAAAGUGAGCUUUUCACUGACUAAUAUACAGUCUAAUUUAGCAGACUUCACUUAAUGAACUGAAAAAAAAUAUUUGUGCAAAAACUAUCAGUUUGUAGGAAAAAAGACAACAAACAGAUGUUAAACUUGAUCUCUGUUGAAAUGAAUUUCUACAGUAUCGCACUUACAAUAUGGUCUAUGGAGCAUUACAGAGGGAUUAAAUAAAAAUAAAAAAAUAAGGCAAAAUAAAUAGCCACUUACUUCCAACGAAUCAUUAAAGAUAUGGCUAUACCUUCCUACCUGCUGAAGCGUUUAAUACCAGCCGUUAUUAACUAUGAGUUACAUAACUAUGAUUUAUGUUUUAAUAGUUGAAUUUAGUAUAGUUGUAUUUAGUUUCAGUAGUGAGUCAAUAUUUGUGCCAUAAAUAUUUCUUCGCUUCGUAAAAAUGACUCGCGGCUCAGUGAGGGACUCAAUUGGUAGAGGGACCUGGCUCUGAACAAUUUAAACCUAAAUGAAUCAAAUAGUGAUUCAUAAACAAACUCGAGGCUUUUACAUGAAUCCUUUUGUUACUAAUUAUACAUCCCGCUUUUUGUUGUGCUACAUGCAUGAAAUAUUAAACUCGAGUUCUAAAGAUUGUCUGACAAACCACAUUUGAGUGCGAAGUCUGUCACAGCUUGAUUUUACAUUUUAAUCGGAGACCUGUAUAUUAACAUAAAAGUGUCUCAUUUGAACUCCUUAGUCAUUUUAGGUUUACGCCAUUUAAAAGAUGAAAAUAUAAGAUCUAAAUUCGAUGAGGUGAAUGUUUUUUCAUUAUAAUAUGUAUUUACAUUUUGUGGUUUUAAAAUGUAAACAUCACGUAUCUUGACAUCUAUUCCGGUCCAAUUGACUUAGCCCAUAUGUGUUAUUGUAUGUUUAUUACUAUAAAUACAGUUUUUUUGUUUGUUUUUAAACUAAGGCAUUCAGAGAGUUGCAGAUGGAGCUCGUUUUGAAAUCAGAACAUUCCUUUAGGAAUCAUCAAAUCCAUGAAACGUGUUUGUAAAGUAGUUUACAGGAGGACGUGUUAUGACACAAACUGAAAAUGGCACAUUGGCUGAUCCUUCUACACACAAAUCGUCAAUUCCAGAGUCUCCAACUGCACGUUGUUUAACUCAACCCAUGCUCAAACCAGCCUGCAGCUGUCUUUAGACGUCAAGUGUUGCUCUGGCUUCUGUAACACUUUAAUUUUCUUAGUAAAUUUUGUAUUCUUGGUCUUUGCUGCUAGUGGUUCUAGGACUGGAAGGGAAGGGGUGGGUGGAGGGUUUUCUUGCCAAACUGAAUGUAAAUGAGUUGUGAUUUGUACCGUGCUCUCUAGCUGUGCCUUGAAGAAACAGAUCUUAAGAAGUAAACAGAAAAAAAUGUUAUGUCUGACAAUCCAGCAUGACCUGCAAUAUGCUGCAUGGACUACAGAGCAAGAUAAGACAAAGAAGCUAAAUUCUAAAGCGCAUUCCACCAGUGCAUCAAUCAGGUGAGAGAUUCCUAACAAGUUUUACACUGACUUAGCCUCAAAACAAACUCUGUGCAAGUUGCUGAUUUUGAUUUCUGAAAUGUGUCAGUCCGCUAUUUAUAUUGAUGCUGAAACCUGUUGCAUUGCAUGUUGUCUUUUACAGUCAUUUUUACUCUUUCAGGUCGACUACUGUCAUGGCGAAGCAGUUAAUAGCACGUUAAACAUGUUCAACAAGGCACAUGCAUUGACCGAAUAUUUGCAUCUGCAAAUUUCCCGCUAUACUGUUCAACAGUAAACAAUUGCAUCCCAAUCGCAUUGAGUUCACAAUAAUUAGCAUUGGUUUCACAGUAUCUAUGAGAUACACAAACGUAUGCAAACACUCUUACGUCAAUGUCUUCAAUACCUACCUGAUAAACGGCUCUCGUGAGAUACUUUUUGAUAUUUACUUUUGUUCUGUUUGUAUUCGCAAGCUGUUGGUGUAUACAAUUGUGUUUCGUUAUUCAGUGUUGGUUUACGAAAUGUGGAUUGAGGUGCCAUGUCAUGUGACGGGGCGCCUAUGACACAGUACAUUGCUGCACAUUGUUACAUUGCUGCAGCACAGCUCUUAAGGGUAUAAAACUAAAUUUACAAAAAC